UUAAAUUGUUGUCGGGUUUUGUUAUGUAGGAUUAUUGUUCUUUUUUUUUUUAUUUAUCAUUUGCGUGCCAAUAAUAUCGUUUGAAGACUUAUGCAAAUAUAAUUGUUACAAAAUGUUGCAUUGGUAACUUCAGAAUACGCAUAACGUGCAAGAUAUUAAAUUAUUUGAAAAAGAACCUAAAUGUUACAAACAAAAUUCGACACCUAUAAUACUGUAUCUUUAAAUCUGUUACCUUCCCACCUUCCCACGUAGCAAUGGUAGAAAGUAUAUCGGGAAAAGAGUAACCAGUGAAUAUUUUAUCAAAUUAUUACUUACAGUUAGGUAUUAUCUACCGGGAUGAGUAAUUUUACUAGAUAACGCUACGUUAAAAAUUUACCAGAGUUCGAGCUUCCGAGCGUAUUUUUAAUUUGAUGUUUGUCACAAUAUUUUGUUGCCUGUCGCUGUACCAUUCGUACGUGUCAAGAAAGUCAGAACGAUACAGUAUUAUGUCAACCGCAAGAACAAUUGCAAUUUCUGUAAAGAUAUCGCAGCACAGACGUAACGACAAUCUUUUUUCCCGAUAUUCUAAGAAAAAGUGUAAGCAAGUGGGGGCGGAAGUAGUUAGUCGGUAAUUUGUGUAUACUAUUUGCUGUACAUCGUGACACAGAACAUGAAUAGUUUGUGAAAUUAUGAAAAUAACCAUAAAAUCGAAGGAUAUGCAAAUGAAUGAUAUUUAAAGCAUCGAUGCGCACUGCUUCGAUUAAUGAAUAUGUGCGAAAUAUUACGUAGCAAGUUUCUUACCUUUACAAUAUAUCACGAAUUGACAAGCACAACAUAAAUAUUGUUUCGACGACAGCAAUACUCAUCAGACGUUUCAUUAGCGAUUUGUAAUCUCUUUCGAGAAAUUUGUAUAUUGUUGAUCGAUUGUUGUAUCAUUUCUUUAACAACUGUCGCGAAUCUCGAGGUUUUUCUUAGAUUAAGUAAAGAGUUUCACAUGCUAUCAGAUUUGUAUCAAGAUAGUGCAACCGUUCUACAAACGCAUAGUGUCGUACCUAUUUAAUGAAAAUUGAUGUUCUUUCUAUUUACCUCGAAAAUGACCAGAAUUAUGCAGAAGAAAAUGAAACGUGACGAUCAUUGUGAAGUUGUGCCAGUAUGAACAGAUUGAAAUAUGCAGUGGCAAAUCGUUUUAUGGGGGAUGCCCAGCCUACAUUCGCUCGUCGUACGACGAGCUCCACUAAUGGAUAUGGGUACUGCCACCAGCUCCGUAACAUCUGUAAAUCCGUCUACUAAAAUUGCUACCAAUCAAAAGAAAGCCGACAAGUCAAAUAAACUUAAUGGAGUCAGAUUACCUUUGUUACGCAAGGAAGCAAGCGUUGUAAAUCUUUCAUUGACGGAAAGAACUGUGUUGGGGAAAGGAGUAGAUGCACCUUUACUUAGACCCGAAAGUAGCGCGAGUUUGGAGGCCCGUGGUAGUAGCUGGCUAAGCAUGGGUCCAGGAGUAUUGAGAAAAUGUGAAACAACAGUGGGAUUAAGUACUUCUGCGUUAGAAGGGAGACCCAUAAAUCGCAGUCGUGUGUGCUCUAGAUGUUCCAGUUUGUUAUCAUUGGCAUCUAGUUCACGCUACAGUUUAGCUGCAGGCAAUUUUGUCCCUGCAGGUUCUCAGCAAACGCUUGGACGAAUUUUUUGUAAGAUAUGUCUUGUCGACACUUCUCUUUCCAAAACAUUUAAAAUAGAAGGCUGUGGUUGUUCUUAUUGUAAAGAUUGUGUGAAAGAGUAUGUCGAGCAUGAGAUUGAAGAAGGUGCAUAUGAAAUUAGUUGUCCAGAUGCGCAAUGUGAACAUGGAGCAAUACUUUCUAUAAAGGAAAUAACAAGUCUGGUUAGUUCUGAACUUAUGGAGAAGCAUCAUAAAUUUCGCUUGAAUAGAGAUGUAUCUAUGGACAAAGCACGUGCUUGGUGUCCACGCGCAGGUUGUGAAACGAUAUGUUCGAUAAAUGCUACCGCAUCAAAUGGGACUGCUAUCGGACCUGUUCAUUGUCCCAAUUGCUCUACAGACUUCUGUUCUAUAUGUCGAGAGUCUUGGCAUAGCGGUCCAUGUUCUGAUCUUUCGUUAGGUAUACCAUUCGAUGGUGACCACAUCAAAUGCUGUCCUAUGUGUUCUGUACCUAUCGAAAAGGAUGAAGGAUGUGCUCAAAUGAUGUGCAAAAGAUGUAAACAUGUUUUUUGUUGGUAUUGCUUAGCUUCUUUAGAUGAUGACUUUUUAUUGCGACAUUAUGACAAAGGACCAUGUAAAAAUAAAUUGGGUCAUUCACGUGCGUCAGUUAUUUGGCACAGAACACAGGUCAUUGGAAUUUUUGCUGGAUUUGGGUUACUCUUGCUUGUUGCAUCACCGUUACUUUUAUUGGCUGCACCUUGUAUCGUUUGCUGUAAAUGUCGUGUAUGUGGUUCAUCUAGACUUGAACAAGAGGAAGGUGAUACUACGACAUAGGAACGUUAAAAGGUUUUCAAUAUUCCUCCAAUUUCUCUUUAGUACGAUGAACAGUUAAAUUACAUUAUUCAGUAUGUGAAUGCCACUGGUGACUUAUAUAGAUAUACAUUGUAUCUAGAGCAUCGCACCACCUAUAUUAUAGGGGAUGUGAAAGAUAAAACAUCUGUGAAUCACACGUAUAAAAUCCUCGUGAUAAAGGGAUUACAUUCUAUUUUACACUACGUUAGGAUUUUAUUUAUAAUCAAAAGAUAUUUUGAUUAUCGACAAGUUAGUUUCAAGUCUUUGAGUUUACAAUAAAAUAUCUCCACGUAUUUGUACAUAUUUCUAGUGUGAUUAUUUUUAAGUAAAAAAACUUAAAACGUUUACAGAAAGCUACUUAAUACUUAACUGCAUCUUGACAGUUAUAAGUUUAGAUUUUGAGACGUAGUAAUGUCUUUUUUUUACCGAUACUAUUAAUAAUAUUUACAUUUAAACGAGUUUAAUACACCACAUCAUAAAUACUCAUGAAUUUUGUUCAUAACAUUCCAGAAAAUUACGUUUACAUCGGAUGUACUGCCAUAUUCAGAAUUAUAUCAGCUCUUUUUUAUAGAUACGUGAAUUGCUUCCCAUACAUUUGUAAAAUCUUUAACAAUACUCGACACAUCAUACUCGUGUACUUUUAAUAUUCGUUGGUUGUCGUCAAUCUAAAGUAAAGUUUUUGUGAGUAUAAAUAAGCAUAAAUUAAUAAAUGAACAAUGUAUAUCUAUAUGCACGUCUGUUUGAAUUCAGCAUAAUUAAGGUAUUUCAUUAUUGGUAAAUUUGCUAACUAUCGGGUACAUCGCAUAACUUCUUCGUAACGUAUUAUUUUUCGAGUGCUCCUCUGUUUAUAUUGCAGAAUUAACUACAUGUAUAUUACAUGUACAUUAUUAUAGAUACAUAUAUAUAUAUAUAAUUAAGUGGUACGUAAGUUCUACCAUAUUUGUGAAAAAUUUCAAAUUUAGAAUAUCUGUAAAUUCCAUUAUUAAUACGUAUUUAAUAUACUUAAUAUUAUUAACAAUAUACUUGUUACAAAAACGAUUUCUUAGUUUAACCCUUUGCGGAAGAACGUUUUGAAAUACGAGUCUUGAACGGAAUGGGUCGAUUUUGAAAGAGAAACGGUUUAAAGCUAACUUUAUUCGAUGUGUAAAUUUAAUUCAAGUUUAAUAAACUGUUACACGCAAGUACUACCUUUCAUCGAUUUGCUACGAGAAAUUCCUGACGCGUGUCCAAAAAUGGUAGAAGUACGUUGUCUGGAAUAUACGCACUCUCAAAGGGUUAAAAGAACAUUGCUCUGUAUAUGGUGUAACGCUAUCGAAAUUCAAUUCUUCGACUUCAUAAUAGUUUAGGCCACGAAUAGUAAGAGCACCAUGUUAUAACGAAUAAAGUUAGAUAAUUAUAACAUAUAUGACAGACCACUCAAUUUCUAAUAACAGUUACAUGCUAUACUUGGCAAAGCAUUUCUUUCUAUUUGAGGAAAAAAAAUUCAUAAAUUUACAUUAUUAUCGCGAUGGUAAAAGAUAUUUUUCGUUUUAUAUGUGUAUACGUACGUAUACACACAUGUGAAUAGUUUAUAAAUUAAUAUAUCCAUAGGUAAAUUAAUCGAGAUAUAUGGUCGUCCUUUACAGUACAUUAGUGGACGAGAAAUUAUUUAAAUUACAUGAAACAUGCAAGUCUUUAUUAAGCAUCUGUUAAUCUAUCUUAUCGAUUAUAAUUGGUUGUAAAUAAAGGCACUGGUUUCUGUAUAUAUAUAUAUGUACACACAUAUGUCUAUAUAUACAUGCAACUUCGUCCUUAGAUUACACAUACAUGUACAUGUAAAUAUUUGUAUCUGUUGAUGCAACUAUGCACGGGAGUCAUUUCAACUCGUAUAUCAUAUGAAAUAAAAAUGUAAUUGAUUACAAGUUAUAAUAGAAGAUAAAUGUAGCAAUUCA